GGAGGGGAGCUGGGGACUGGGGCAGCCGUGCCCGCGCUGAUCCCCGCGGCUUCGCUUCAAAUCGGGCCAGAGAGUGGGACUCCGGCAUACAGCUGCACCGUGGGAACGGGGUGGGUUGGCUUCUGUUAGCGGCAGCGCUGGUUUGUGCCGUGCUAGAGGUGCGUGGGCAAAAUGUUUUUAACAACAGUGUUACUGCGGAAGAGAAUUCCUGGAAAACAAUGGAUUGGGAAGUACAGGCGACCAAGACAGGUUACCAUUUCCAUGAAGCAAGCAAUGAUCCGAAGGUUGGAAAUUGAAGCAGAGAAUGAAUAUUGGCUCAGCCAGCCUUACCUGACACAGGAACAGGAAUACAAACACAACACGGAAGAGAGACGUGCCAAGUGGGAAGCUUUCAAAAGCCUGAAACAAGCCAAGUUUCCUGAGCACAGAUACAUCAGCGAUCAUUUAAACCACUUAAAUGUGACAAAGAAGUGGACAUGUUGAGUAACACAGCAUAUUUAUAUUUGGCACAUGUUGUGCACUGCCCUGGCAUCUGCUCUCAUACCUGUUAUGGUAUUUCACUGUAAUUAGCAUGGGUCACAAAUAAGAUGUUGCUGUGGUGUACAAAUACUACAUUAAAAGUAUUCCUCUGGAA